UUUCACAUUCCUCCAGCUCUGGAAGCAGCUGAAGAAUCUUCUUCCAUUGCAUUUCAAUUGUUUGGUUGCUUGGUUGGUGAGUUUUGCCUGAACUUGACUGAAAUUACUGGAAGAGUUGUGAGCAGAUUUAUACCAUUUCAGGGCUUUCUCAGUUGCCUUCUCAUCACCACAAAACAACCUUUUGAAAACGUCUAUCAUCUUAUUUUAUAAAAAUGUCUGUUCCAAAAGUUAACGAAAAGUUGCUUGAAGACCUUGAAGUAAUGGGAUUUCCAAAGGCACAGGCAACCAGAGCACUUCAUUAUUCUGGCAAUACCAGCUUAGAGGAUGCUAUAAAUUGGAUAGUUGAUCAUGAGAAUGACAUUGAUAUUGAUGAGAUGCCAUUGGUAGAUGUAGACAUUGAGGUAGAGUCAACCGAGUCCUUCCCCAUCUCAGAAGAAAUCAGAAUCAAAGCACAGAGUUUAAGGGAACAAGAACGUAAGAGGAAAGAGCAGGAAGAGAAAAGAUUGGAGAGAGAAAGGGAGAAGGAGAGGAUUCAAGCAGGUAAGAGACUCCUUGAAGCAAAGCGAAUUGCAGAAGAAAAUGAAAGACAACGGAAUUUAUCCCUGAGAAAAGCGGAAAAAGAAGAAGAGAAAAGAGCUAGAGAGAGAGUUCUACAGAAACUAGAGCAGGAUAAGUUAAAUAGAAAAUAUAAACAAGGAUUGCCUUCAGAAGGCCAAGCAUCCAUCAGAUCAUCUGCUACUAAACUACAACAGGAAAAGAAGUUAAAUCCUGUUUAUACAACUACAAAAGCUGAGCAGUUAAGAGAAUCUCUGAGGAAUCUGAAGCGUAAUCAUCAGGGUGAGGAUGCAAGAGUCAGAAGAGCCUUUCAAACACUACUAAUCUAUGUUGGAAAUGUUGCCAAGAAUCCCAAGGAGGAAAAGUACAGGAAAAUACGACUGAAUAACCCAUUAUUCCUGGAUAGAGUUGGAAGUUUAAAUGGAGGUGUAGAGUUUCUUGAGCUAUGUGGUUUUGAGAGAACUGGUGACUUCUUGCAUCUUCCUCAAGAAAAGGUUGACAUGGCACUGCUGAAUUCAGCUGGUUUUGUCUUGAAUUCUGCAGUGACAAACCCUUUCUUUGGAGUUUUAAGUACUACUCACAAUUAAGUUUGAGUGACCAUAGUCUACAAUUAGUUUGAAAAAGCCAAAAACAUUUAUGUACAGUGUUGAAUGUUUAAGCAUGGAAACUAAUACAACCUAUUUUAUAGAUUUAACAUCACCAAUAUCUCAAUAAAAAACAUAUCUAGUAUUUCGUUCAUUGUUGUAUGUCUU